ACGCUCCGUCAGCUCUAAAGUUUGUGCAGUUUUCACUCCGCUAUUAGUGUGAGCCGCGCCUUAGAGUUGGUGGGACUUUUAUACACUUGACAAUGCCAUACGCCGUGCGCCGAGGCCGCCAGGUCGGAGUGUACGAUACCUGGGAGGAAUGCAGAGAACAAGUGGAUCGCUAUCCGUAUGCCAGUUUUAGGAAACUUCCAACAUAUAGAGAAGCAAGAAACUUUGCAAGGAGCAAUGAGAGAUACUCGCCUUAUUCCUCUGCAGGACGUUCAGCAGAGGUGUACACAGAUGGCUGCUGUUACAGGAAUGGUCAAUAUGGUGCAAAUGGCGGCAUUGGGGUUUAUUGGGGUCCUGAAGAUUCAAGAAAUGUUUCCGCUAAGCUUAAAGGAAGGCAAACCAACCAGCGAGCUGAAAUUGAGGCUGCCUGCACUGCUGUGGAACAAGCCAGGGAUGACAAUAUCACCAGUCUUAAUAUAAAUACUGACAGCAGGUUCACUAUAAAAGGAAUGACACAGUGGGUGCCAAGGUGGAAGGAAAAUGGUUGGAAAACCAUUGAUGGUAGAGAUGUUAUCAACAAGCAGGACUUCCAGAAGCUUGAUAAAGCAUGUGAAAACAUGGACAUAAAAUGGAACUAUGUCCCAGGACACUCUGGCAGUGUGGGGAACGACAGGGCGGAUCAACUGGCUAAAGCAGGCUCCAGAAAAUAAAGAGAAGAAGCUUAGGCACUAGGCACCUAACCAGCCUUAUGCUACAUGCAUAUUGUUGUUUAUCUACAGACCUAGUUAGGUUGGCUGUUAAUGAUAUUCCUGUUACUACCUGCCACCUUAUAUUUGUGCUUAGAAGCUUGGCCAGUUGGCCUUCCCUAAUGUCACAGGCAGCUAAAGUUGCUGCUGAGGGUUGCCAGUGCCUUAACCUGUUAGCAUUGUUAUGUUUGUGAGAUGUGCGGUGGUAUAACCGCCUGGGCAUGACCCUGAGUGGGGAAAGUGUUAAUGUGUAUGUUUAGGAGUGGUGUAAAAGCAUUGAGAGGAAAUGCUGUUAUUUAAGUUUAUAGUGCAUGUGUUCCCAGAUUAGUGCUUUCAAGUUUUCUGAAGUUUCUCUGAAAUAUGUGAGUGGUGCCUAUAAAUAAAUUGGUUCCUUGAUGGCUUC